AUGUCCUUCACAUUCACCCUCCGGCAUGGCCCUGCGCGUCUGGCGCAGCGUCUGCCCAAGUCCGCCCUGCAAACUCCCAUCCGCAGCUUCCAGCACCAGGCCGGCAGCAAGACCACCAGCAGCUUCUUCACAUCGCGCAUUGUCCCGACAGCAUCUCGCAGCGCCUUUGGCAAGUCGGGCAGCGCCCGCUUCGUCCACGACAGAGUCAUUGUUGCGCAGCAGGCGGCCCGCAGCUCCCGCACACGGCAGCUGCUUGUCGGUGGCGCCAUCUUUGGCGGUACGCUUGUUGCCAUCAACGCCGUCUUCAACAGAGAGACCCGCGAGGAUGGCGGCAUGCCCGUCUUUGAGCGCGAGUACCUCAACAGCACCUUCCUGCACACCGGUCUCGGCAUUGGUAUCAUUGCCCUGACGGCUAGACAGAUGGUCCGCACUGGCUUUGUCUACCGCCUCAUGGUCACCAACCCGUGGGUUGUUGGUAUAGGCGGUCUUGCCCUCAGCUUCGGCACCAUGAUUGGCACACGGUCCAUCAGCCCCGACAACUAUAUCCCCAAGUACGCUCUAUGGACUGCCUUCAACGCCACCCAGGCCGCCUUUGUUGCGCCUCUGCUGGCCUUUGUCCCCAUGCCCAUCCUCGCCCGCGCCGGUCUCUACACCGUUGCCAUGAUGGGUGCGCUGUCUGUUGUCGGCGCCACUGCUAAGCAGGAGAAGUACCUCUACAUUGGUGGUCCUCUUUUGGCCGGUGCUGCCAUUGUCGCCGUCUCUGGCUUCGCCCCGCUGCUGCUGCCCGUUACCGCCGUCCGCACGCUCGCCUUGACCGAGAGCAUCUGGCUGUACGGUGGCCUCGCCGUCUUUGGCGGCUUCACGCUUUACGAUAUCCAGAAGAUCUUGUACCAUGCUCGUCUUGCUGAGCGUGGCGUCAUGCGCCGCGACCCCGUCAACGAGAGUAUUGCCCUCGAGCUCGACUUCCUCAACAUCUUCAUCCGUAUGGUGCAGAUCCUCAGCGCCAACCAGAACCGCAAGCGAUAA